AUGUUCCUCCGAAAGGGCAAACCAAAGGCGAGUGAGAAAGAGAGCUUUUUGCGAAAGACCUCGGAAGUUCGUAAUGAGCGACGCGGGUUCAAAGCUUUCGUUGGGAAGAUUAAGAAGAAGAUGCAAUCUGAUCUAGACGAAUUUCUGGUCAUCGGAAUUGAUUUUGGAACCACAUACUCAGGCGUGGCAUGGGCAACGGUGGACGAUUUUGAGAGAGAUGAAAUUAAUAUCAUCACCAAUUGGCCCAAGCACGGGAGAGAGGAACCUAAAGCGCCCACCGAGCUAUUCUACGAGGGUGGAAAAGUGAUGUGGGGAUAUGGUAUCCCACUUGACGCGGACCCUGUGCGUUGGUUCAAGCUGCUACUUCUACGGGACGAAGACAUGACCGAAGAGCAGCGUCAGUCUGAACCUCUUUUGCGCGCACGCAAAUUGAUGCGAGAGACGGGUAUGUCGGCGACGGACUUGGUCGCGGACUACCUCCGACCGUUGUGGCAGCAUACGAUGGAAACAAUUCACAGGUUUCGUAGUAAGUCGGUCAUUUCUGCGCUCACCUUCCAUGUUGUCAUUACCGUGCCUGCUAUAUGGAAGGACUAUGCGCGCAAGGGUAUGGAAGAGGCUGCGCGGAACGCUGGCAUUCUACAAGACCGUCCUAUUGGCCCCACGACCCUCUCCUUUGUCCCGGAGCCAGAGGCAGCUGCUCUUGUUACACUCUGUGAACGUGGGCGUGAGCGUGAUAUUGAGACUGAUGAUGUCUACGUGAUCUGCGACGCUGGCGGAGGCACUGUGGAUCUCAUCACCUAUCGAGUUGGAGACAUGGGUCCAAUCGAAAUACACGAAGCAGUGAUAGGGACCGGUGGCCUCUGUGGCGGCAUCUUCGUCGACGAGGCGUUCGAGACCAUCUGCAAAGACCGUCUUGGCAGGCAAUGGAACAAGCUUAGCCCAACAGGCGUCAAGGCCAUCCUGAAGGACCAGUGGGAAUACGGUAUCAAACCGACAUACACACCGAACACCGAUGGUGAAGAACACGUUGUUCCUAUUCCUGCUGAGGCUUUUCAAGGCCAUGAUCUUAAUGAUAGUUCCAGAAAGCCUGUCAUCAAGAAUGGGCGAAUCCACUUCUCAAGCUCCGAUAUUCAAAAGGCAUUUACCUCGGUUUUCUCCGACAUCGAGAAGCUCGUUGAUCAGCAAAUCAGCAAGACGCAGGAGAAAGGUCUUUCAGUCCAGAAAAUAAUCCUCGUUGGUGGGCUCGGCUGCAGCCCUUACCUUUACGAUCAGCUAUUGGCGAAAUACGGGCCAGAAGACAUAGAAAUUAUGCAAUCCGCGGGAAUGGCACCGCGCACGGCUAUCUGUCGUGGUGCGAUUGUUAAAGGGUUUCUAGAUGGACCCGGUAAUUCUGGCGCCCAUCUUACUGUCGUGUCAACCAUCGCACGACAAAGCUUAGGUAUUGGCUAUUCCAUAGAAUAUGACGCUGCCAUACACCAGGAAAAGGAUAAAGAAUACGACGAAGUGGAAGGCAAAUACAUGGCCAAGAAUCAGAUGGAGUGGUAUAUGCGAAAGGGCGAGGAUGUCUUGAAAGCGGAACCUGUUCGACAUGACUAUUACACCUGCUAUAAGGACGAGGAUGAGUUCGGGGAAUGCCAUGAGACGAACAUUUACCAAUGCGACGAUGAAAACCCGCCAUCUAGGCGCAGUUCGAGAGUCAAGAAACUAUGCACAAUUCGCAUCAACCGACAGCACAUCUCUUAUAACUCUCUCCCUGAUUUUGUGGGAGAUAGUGGCGUGCGCUCGAAGAAAUGGAAUUUUGAACUCGAGAUGGUGCCUUCCGGGGCUUCUAACGAGUUCAUAGUUCAUUAUCAAGGAAGGAGGCUAGGAUCAGGGAAGGCGGAAGUCGACUUCCAGUGA